UCCUGGUUUAUGACGAGCUUCCAGGCUGUGAUAGCAGUGCCUUUUAUGUUUUUUAUGCGGUCAAAUCCUGCGAUAUCUUCACUGGGCACUAUCCGUCCACGAACUAUUCGACUGCAAGGCUUUCUGGAACGCCUUGCUGAUGAUGAUGCGGUGUUGGUGACAACUGCCGUUCAGGAGAAGUAUAUUUGUACUUUUCCGCGAGAACGCACCACCUCGACGUCGAAUAAAUUGGAUUAUGACGGUCCGAAGGCAGAGGACUUGGUAAAGACGUUGUUCAGUCAAGGAUCCUGUACGUAUCGUGUCGAGACAUAUUGGACGUACGAGGUGUGUCACGGACGUAACAUCAGUCAGUAUCACGAGGAAAACGAAGGCAACUGGCGUGGUGCCCGACAGCUGUAUUAUUUGGGAUUCUAUUCGCCGGAAUCGGACCUAACCGAAUCUGAAGCGGUGCCGUUCGAUGAGCUGCACCCACCGAAACGGAAGAUUGACGAUCAGCUGCUACCGUAUUACCCGAUGAGGUAUACGCAGGGUACAAUCUGCGACAUCAACCAGAAACAUCGGACUGCGACCGUACUGUACUUCUGUUUCCCCCUGAGCAGGAGUCAGAUAUACUCGGUAAGCGAGGUAUCAUCCUGCGAUUACGAGGUUGUGAUCCUAUCAUACGUGUUAUGUCGUCAUCCAGCGUUCCAACCGGCCAGAGCCGCCGAAAGUCUCAUUUCCUGCUAUCCAUUGAACGGGUCGCCUCCAAGAUCGGUUCUGUUUGAUGCAUUCGAGCGUGACCUGCUGGCCGGAAAGUUACAGUCCGUCUCUGAGCCAAAGACUAUCGACAUCAAAGCGAAAGUCGCCGAUAAGUACAGCGCAUACUCUAUGAAAUCAACCGAACAAGAGGCAGUACAGCGACGGCGUAGUCGCGUUCUGGACGAAGCAAUGGUGAAAAGCGUACUUAACGGAAACGAAUGCUUUCAUGGUGGUUCCGGCUGGUGGAGUUACGAGUACUGUCUAAAUAAACGAGUCAUUCAAUACCACGAGGAGAAGGGCAUCAGGACGGCUCAGGUGCUACUGGGCGAGUGGCAUAUCCAAGAUCACUUGAAAUGGAUUGCUGAUAAACCUGGUAAACGGCCAAUCAUUUCAGGUGACCGAGUUCUGCAGGUAACGCAUUUCUACAGCAACGGUGAUAUCUGUGACCUCACCGGAAAGAGACGGGUUGUGGAAGUGCGUCUGCGUUGUUGGGACAAAGUCCUGAGGAACCCGGAUGCCGUCGCUAUUUUUUUGUUAGAGCCAAAAACUUGUGAAUACGUUAUCACGGUAGAAUCGCAAAUAUUUUGCGACUAUUUAUUAAAAACUGAUGACAAUGGAAUUAUUAAAAAAUCGAUGUGCGUUUUAACGCGCUUUUUUAGUUCAGAAGAUUGGCACAGUACUGCUUCUCAUUUUUUCUGGAGUAGAUGCACAUUAUGGCCUUUGUAG